AUGAACGAGAAGUUCGAUGUGCAGCUGCUGAAGCGAUCCCUGGGAGAGACGAGGAGACAUCGGUCAAUCAGAACCUUGUACGGCGACAAGGAAUGGGUCCAAGACCUUGACAUAGUCAAUGAGCUUGGGGCUCACUCCGGCUGUGUCAAUGCCCUCAGUUGGUCGUCAGGUGGCAAUCUCCUCGCCUCAGGCUCGGACGACACCCAUCUCAACAUAUGGGACUACAACCCGUCGGGCCUCGCCCGAUCCUUCUCACUGAACACGAGCGUAAGCACCGGGCACCGUGCGAACAUCUUCUCGGUCAAGUUCAUGCCCCACUCGAAUGACCGCACUGUCGUCACCUGCGCCGGCGAUUCCGAAGUCCGCGUCUUUGAUCUGGAGUAUGGUGGCGCGGCCACUCAAACGGGCUCAAACGAUUCGUUCUCGGCGAGCACAAGGAGUCGGAGGUUUCACAACUAUUUUCAAAACGCGAGAUGGCUAAACGAGGGCAAUACAAACUGUCGGGUGUACCGGAGCCAUGCUGAUCGAGCAAAGAGAAUUGUGACCGAGUCCAGCCCAUACCUCUUUUUGACCUGCUCGGAGGAUGGUGAAGUGCGCCAAUGGGAUCUGAGGCAACCUUCGUCCGCAUAUCCUGCUCCACGCGGAGGCCGUGGCUCUCGAUUUGGUGGAGGGAUGGCCGAUUACAGUGGCGACACGCCACCUCCACUGAUCUCUUACAAAAAGUAUGGACUGGAUUUGAACAGCAUCUCCUGCGCGCCCAGUCAGCCGCAGUACAUUGCGCUAGGAGGCGCUCAUCUGCAUUGCUUCCUGCAUGACAGGCGUAUGCUUGGUCGAGACCUCGACUCUGAGAGGGGUCUUCCCGCAUCACUCAAGCCCGCCGUGGGGACUUCCGAGGACGAGGCCAUGGCCGAAGCCACUAGGUGCGUCCGGCGAUUUGCUCCCGAAAACAAACGCAAAUCAGGAGCUUAUGAGCAUGGCCACAUCACUGCUUGUAAGAUUAGUGAUGCUAACCCCAACGAGAUGGUGGCUUCUUGGUCAGGAGACCAUAUCUACAGCUUUGAUAUUGUCAAGUCACCUGAUGCUCGGGAAGCAGACGCUAAGGCAGACGAAGAAUUCCAGAGCAGUCUGCUCCGCCACCGAUCAGACCGCAAGAGGAAGAGGACCAAAGCGAACGCCUCUUCCAGCAGCCUUGCUGAUUCAGCAAAACCUAGCAGGCGACUACGCAGGGUUGCAGAUGACCAGCCGGAGGAAGGCCGGACCGCUCUGAUGGCGAGAUAUGCCGACGGAGGAUCGGAGUUGAUCUCUGUUCCCUCGAAUGGAUCUGAGGCAGCUCCCGAGUCCUUGGCGGCCCACGACCUUUUGCUUACAGAAGCUCAAAGAUCGAGUGAUCGAGUGGCAAGAGCAAUCGUCCAGCUUCGUAAGACCUUGUUCGACUUUUCCGCUGCAUUAAGCGAUGAGGCUUUGGCGUCGAUGGAGGAAUCGUCGGAUCUGACACCUCACGGAUCGGCCUUCACGAAUGCACUCGGCCAAUGUGCUUCUCUCCUGCCCCAAAUGGACGAGAUCAUCCGCACAUGGGCCUAUCCAGUAAAUCCCAGCGAAGAAGACGUGAUUCUGCAGAACACCUUGAGGAGAAACCGGCAGGCUAGCUGGCGGUUCGUGCAAGCAGCUGGCUGCCUCGCGCAGACCCUUGGUGGCCGUUUGCAAAGCCUCACUGCCGCGCCAGAAUCCUGGUUGACACAGUUCGACCAAAUAAGGCCUGCUGCUCACGAAGGUAGGAACAUCCGGCAGGAGUCCCAAUUUUGUUAUGACUUCUUGAGGGCAAUUCUGCUAUGGUUGCGUGGGGGCCAACCUGCUGUGCUGCAAGGAUUCAAACGGCCUCCUAAUGUAAGCUCUGAGAGCCCUCGCUUCCCGCUCGAUCAGGACGAAAAAUUGCAUGACUUUGUCCCCAAGUUGGAGGCGUAUCUGUUGAAUCUUGCGGAUGGAGAAAGACCUAUCGUCGACAUAGACACGAAUCGUUUCGAGCGGGAUGAGAUUCGGCAUGUCUUUCAGAGUCAAAGAGCAGCCGUGUUGGCCUUUACAAGGGCCCUUGCGAAUAUUCGGUUGGAACCAAGACAAGGAUUGUCUGAGACACGGACCGACCCUGCGGAGCCAGAUACGGCGGUUCGCGUGAUGGACAAAGGAGCGGCGGCAAGAUUCUGGGGAGUCAAGGUAGGCCGCUCUUUGCUCAUGCAAGCUGCAGAAGGAGUCACCUUCGACUUCGUCAAUCGCGCCUUUGGAGGGUUAAGAUUGCAGAUAGCACAUCCCCAGGGGGACGAAGGACAGGGCCAUGAAGAGAUCGAUCCAGAUGAAGAAGAUCGGAUCGUGGAAGCAAUCGAUCUUGUCACAACUAUGGCUGCCUCCGAUGCAGCAUCCAAUCCAUCCAACAGAGAUGGUACUCAUGCAGAGUCGUCAAUCGACUCACCAGCCACAGCUCGCGGAACCACAGAAGGGUCUAGUCAGCCCCAGGCUGAAACCAGCACCCCUCCUACCGUCCAUGUCGAGGAUGUUCGAGACGAUGACAAUGUUGAAGAGGAUGAACGCGAAGACAACAACGAUAACGACAAUUCUGAUGAUGGCACCAUGGAGUCUGAAGAAGAAGACGAUGCACCUGAAAGGAUUCUCUUCCGAAGACGUCUUGGGUUUGCGCGCUCACGGAACCGCGCUGCGCUGAACCUCCACGUUCCUUAUUCGUCACAUACCAAAGUCUACAGGGGCCACUGCAACACGCGUACGGUCAAAGAUGUCAACUACUAUGGCUUAAACGACGAGUAUGUUGUCAGUGGCUCGGAUGACGGACAUUUCUUCAUUUGGGAUCGCAAGACUUCCGAAAUCCUCAACAUUCUAGAAGGGGACGGUGAGGUUGUCAAUGUGGUGCAAGGCCAUCCAUGCGAGCCAAUAAUUGCUUGCAGUGGCAUCGACAGCACUGUCAAGAUUUUUGGAGCCGGAGGCGAAAGUCGAGAACGCGUGGCCGCAGAAAAGGGUAUUGACGUUGCCAACCCGGGUGGAAGGGUUCACUCCUCCCUCUCCGGUGGCCGAAGAAGUGCAAGGCGUACAAGGAGCAGCGAUGCCGAGGACAGCAACGAUGAGGAGGAGAACCAAGAAAGCACUUCGAGAGGGCUCAAGAGUCGACGAGCCAUGCAGCGCAUUUACAACAUCACCAGUCGUAAUGAUGUGGAACGACGACGCAGUGGGGGAGACAACUACGUUACGGUAGGUCCUAUGGAAGACAUGUUGGCUAGAGUCUGGAUCAUGUCCGGACUGCACAUGAUUUGA